CAUGUUUCUAGAGAGCUCUAAUCUAUUAUUUUUCAGACAAAUCUCUUUAACUGCCUGCACCGUUCUGGAAGUCACCAGAGAACCCUGGUGAUAAACCCAACAGCCCCGUGUAAGUUCCUAUAAAUACCUCCUCAUCCUCCCUCGUAAGCCAACAUUCAGAUAUCAAAAAAAUAAGCAACUAACAGCAAUCAAGGUUUUCCACAAGACCAGCAAAUGUCGAUCAUUCCAAGCUUUUUUGGAGGCCGUAGAAGCAACGUGUUCGACCCAUUCUCUCUCGACGUAUGGGAUCCUUUCAAAGACUUUCCUCUCGUUGCCUCCUCUGAGUUCGGCAAAGAGACUGCAGCGUUUGCGAAUACGCACAUUGACUGGAAGGAGACUCCGGAGGCUCACGUGUUCAAGGCCGAUCUUCCCGGGCUGAAAAAAGAAGAGGUGAAGGUGGAGAUUGAAGAAGGGAAGGUUCUUCAGAUCAGCGGAGAGCGGAACAGAGACAAGGAGGAGAAGAAUGACAAGUGGCACCGCGUGGAACGCAGCAGUGGGAAGUUUCUGAGGAGGUUCAGGCUGCCGGAGAAUGCCAAGGUGGAUGAAGUGAAAGCUGGUAUGGAGAAUGGAGUGUUGACGGUUACGGUUCCGAAGGUGGAGAUCAAGAAGCCUGAGGUCAAGUCUAUUGAUAUCUCUGGUUAAACUACAGAGCAAAUUAUGUGUGACUUGUUUGUCAUAAUGUUUAAUAAAUCUUGUAAUAGAGUCUGGUGUCUGUGUUUCUGAGACUUUCUUGUAAACAUGAACAAGGGCACUGUACUCUUGUAAGUUUUCAUCUUUCUGUAUGUUUGACGAACAUUAAUAAUAAAAUCAAGAGUUAUAUGCAA